GAAGACAUGCGCACUAGUGCACCGGCAUGAUUUGUCUAAUGAAUGUUUGGAGCUUUCUGUUUGUACCGAUAUGAUAUUAGAAGCUUCUGUGUUAUCAGGCCCUCUCUACCAGUCACGCUAUGUGAAUAUUAUAGUUACAUUUAUUUUAGUUUCUUGAGAAAAGGCUUGUUAUGCCAACCGCUGUGUAAGAAGAAGAAGAAGAAGAAGAAGAGGCUUGUUGACAUCCUGGAAUUUAAAAUGGCCAACUCUGUCUGGUCAGAAAAAAUACUCCAACUCCUCCGCCGAAUGAACAACUUUUAUGUUCCCGGCUCCUGUCGUGCUAACUGCUUCAGGUUUGAGAUAGACGGGGCUCAAGUAGGUUGGAUUCCUCCCCAUGUAGCCGCACUGUUGAGCCGGUAUCCAGAUGUGUUCAGUCCGCCACACGGUGGCGCAGUGUCGCUGUGUCACAGUCUGGACUCAUACGGGAGGAGGUCCGAGGCUGUGGAUGCUGUCCUGCAAACUUUGAGACAAGAGGGCUCCCUUACCUGCCUCAGAGGAUGGAGGGAUGAGAAAUACAGUGUGAUGUCAAAAUUCUCAGACCCUCCUUUGAUGUGGAUGGAAAGAGCUGCUACAAGUCUUUUUGGGGUGAAGCGGUAUGGGGUCCAUAUCAAUGGUUACACUGUUAGUGACAGUGGGGAAGUCAGCAUGUGGCUGGCACGACGCUCCCCCACCAAACAGACAUACCCGGGACUACUGGACAAUGUGGCAGCAGGUGGUCUGGCUGCUGGUGUUGGCGUCAAACACACUCUGGUCAAAGAAUGUGAAGAGGAAGCUUGUAUCCCAGCUGCCAUUGCUGAGAAGGCUCGUCCUGUAACCACAGUAAGCUACACCUACGUGGAUGAAGGCGAAGUGUUUGCAGAAUGUCAGUUUGCCUUUGAUCUGGAACUUCCUCUGGAUUUUAAGCCUAGAGUGGGGGAUGGAGAGGUGCAGGACUUCUACCUCCUGCCCAUAGAUAAGGUAAAGGAACUGGUGGCCACUGAUGACUUUAAACCCAACUGUGCCAUGGUGGUCUUAGACUUCCUCAUCAGACACUCGUUUAUUGAGCCAGACACAGAGCCUUGCUAUCAGGAAUUUGUGGCGGGACUCCAUCAGACAUUAGAGUGAAGCUGAGGACUGAGGCCACUGUCAGAGGCCAAGAUACCACAUACCGCGCUUAUCCCAGCAAUGUUAGCCGCGCAGAAGCCAAGCAAGUGCUGAGUGGUCGGUUUUUGCUUUGAGAGAACACCAAGAAUCCACUGACAACAGUCCAUGAGCUCAGGUGAACUGUUGGAUUGGGGACUGAUUUUUAUAUGGUUGGUCGACAAAGACAGACUAAACCAGGGGUCGGAAAUCUUUACUAUCAAAGGGGCCAUUUUUGAUUUUGAGUUUGAAGAAACCUGGAGCCACAAAACACAUCUGAGCCUUAGAAUAUUAAUUACAUUACUGGUAAGCCAGCAGCAUUGGUGGUGAAAGCAGACAAAUCUGUCCACGUCCUAUUAAAUUCUCUAUUUUCCUUUUAUCUUUUGUUGGAUUUGGAAUCCAUAGGUAGUCUAGCUAGGGAGACUCAAGACUAGUAGCCACGCUAUUGAUGUUUGGCAAGAUAUAGAGGAAAAGGCUCCAGGUCAGGACGUAACCCAUGAUACACAUUUUAGUUUAGGAAAUGUUUAAAAAAAGUCAGAUUCUUUACCAACUUAAAAAUCCUGCAGCUCAAAAGAAGCAGGGAGCUCUACAGAGCGAACGGUUCAAUGGGAGUUUCUGGACUCGCACGCGACAUCAGAAAUAAUCUGAAGACUAAGUUUAAGUAUAAAUCUAAGAACUGUUAUAUGUGAGGCCCCAGGUGAGUCUGCUCACAAGCUCAGAUUUCUCUGUAGCUUGUAUUCGGGUUUCAGCACAUCAAUCCUCUCUUCAGCCUCCCUGAUUGACCUGACCUGAUUUAGUCUCAAAUCGCUUUCAGCUGCAGACUGUAUUUCCUGAACUCCCUCGCUUCUUUGAAGGCCCAGGUUCCCAUAAUCAAGAAUUAACUUUAUAGGAUGAUUAAAUCUUUUUCUCUCGCCAAGUAAUCUUGUCAUACACCAUUUACUGUACAUGAGAUCAUUAAACUUGUUUCAAGGCAA